AUGAAAACUGACCUGGAGCUCGCCCUGGAGUGCAUCAUCAACAUCUACCACCAGUACGCUGUGAAGCGCCCCAUCGAUGACUAUCUGAGCAAAGAGGAGUUCUCAGAGCUGCUGAAGAAGGAUGCCCAGCCCUUCCUCCACAACACCAUGCCGCCCAACACGACCGUUGAUGACUACAUUGGCAAGCUCUAUGCCAAAGCAGACAGCAACCACGAUGGUCGCCUGAAGUUCACCGAGUUCCUGACCACGCUGAAUCUCGUAUUCAUUGAUGCCCACAAUAGGUCCCACGGCAGGGGCCAUGGCCACGGGCAUGGCCAUGAGCACGAGCACGGCCACCGACAUGACCACAGCCACGACCAUGGCCAUGGUCCCCGCAAUUGA